AUGGAUUACCAAACAUUAGAGAUUGAAGACCCAAAUGAUGUUAACAUUCCCGAUGCUGAGAACUGCUUUGUGGAACCAGGUUGGGCUGCCCUGUUCACCCUCCUAGCCGUGUACGCUAUCUUAUUUUCCAUCGACAAUUUGUUUUCUUGUAAGGCCAACUUCUCAAUCCAAUCUAUAUCCGUCUCCGCCUCCUCUUCUGAAUCGGUGUGGAUCGUAUAUUUCAUUGUGAAGAAACCUAGCUUUAUGUGUUCUAUCUCUUAUGAACGCGAAUACGUGUCAGCCAAUCUUAGUCCCCUAAAAAGUGCCAUUGUAAACGUCUCUCACUACCAACGUUCCAAUGGCUUCACGGAUUUUUCCGUGGUUUUCGCGGCUGAGACUGAGGAUAUUGGACCAGCCAAUGGAAGCAACGUUAUUUCAGGUGUCUACAAUCUUAAUAUUACACUUCUCAUGAAGCAUAAACAAAUUGCCGCGAACAACAAACCAGGACAUUUCAAUGUUCAGUGUAGAAAUUUUACCCUAGUGUUCUCAUCGGAUAUGAAGUCGGGAGUGAUGCUCGGUGACAAGAAAAUUGAAUGUCACUCAUCUUUUCUAAAUUUGAAAGAGCCUUUUCCUUGA